AUGGACCAAAAAAAAAGGUUGAAAAUACCUAAAAAUAUUAAUUUUCCGUUAUUUUAUGAUGAAAAUUGGUCAUGUACAAAAUGUCAAGAAAGUUAUAUUCAUAAAGAUAUUGUAGCGUGGUUAGAAAUAAACACAGACAUUAAGACAUGGUUCAGUCGACAACUUCGAAUUAGUGGUAAAACAGAUUUAACUUAUUUGUAUAAGACAAUUAUUCCACAUUCAUUAACAUAUAUUAAUCAUGACAAUGCAUUUAUUACAAUUGAACGUUUAUUUUUACUCUUUUGUAAUCAGCAAAUUAGAACAGAUGAUUUAACAGAAUUGAAAAAAUUAAAAUUAAUUACGACAACAGGAUCAUUAGUGUCAGCAGAAAAUUGUUAUUUUUCUGAUAUAUAUAAUCCUGCUUUGAGAUUAGAACGUCAAUUAUGUGAUGUUAUUGAUAUAUUUUUAUCUCCUCGUUAUAUAUUGUCAAAUGAUAAUCGAAACACAGAUCAAUGGAAAUAUUUUUUUAUACAUAUGGGUGUUAAAGAAAACAUUAAUGUAAUAGAGAUGACAGAUGGAACAGAACCAUAUCUUGAUUCUUAUUUAACUGAUCAAAAUCGAGUGAUUCCUCAUCUGAACAAUCGUCAAGUUCAAGCAUAUACGGGCUUAGUGACAAUUAGUUUUCUACAACAAACGAUUAAUUAUGAUUUUUCAUUAUAUUUUUGGUAUUAUUUAAUUCAAUAUUAUCCUGUAGAAGCUCUUAAUCCACAAACGCGAGAUAUUGGGGUGCUUCACACAUGGCCGGUAGUAGAGAAGGUUCAGUUAUACAUAAUUAUCCUCAAUGGCAUUUGUAAUCAUGCUAAAGAACGGGUAUGGCAUGAGAAACGUCACCCUUCAUGCCGGACAGAAAAAAAGAAAACCGAAAUGUUGACAGAAUUCUCAAUUGCUAUAUAA